UAUAGGGUUUAUAGUUAUUACUAAUAAAUACUACUAUAAUAAGUAUAAAUCUACUAAGAAGAGGCUAAAUAGUAAAACAAGUAAAAAGGAGGAGGCACUUAAUAUUAAGGAACUAGAUAAUACACUAAUAAAGGUAAAACUACUUAAUCUAUUAUUAUUAAGGAGGUUAAUUAAGGAUAACUAUAUAGUUAACCUAGAAGAAAAGAAAUACUUAAAUAAGUUCUUUAACUUUAAGAGGCCUAGCUUUAGUAGUAAUAUUCUAAGAGAACUAGGCAUAGGCUAUCUAGAUAUAGAAGAUAAGAUAUUUAGAGCUAUUAAAACUAUUAGUAUAUUAGGCUUAAGCUCUUAA